GCCUCGUCCUCCAGACAGCGGGCAUUCCGCUACUUCUCAGCCGCUGAUGGGUGCCGCUCGUCCGCCUGAGAUGACACGGCCGCCCAGCUAGACGCCAGCCACCCGCCGAGUACCCGAUCGCGCACACGCCAUGACGGAGGCGCCGCUGGAGAAUGUCGUCUACUACCGCGGCGGUGGCGGCUACGCCUCCCUGCUGCGCUUGCCGCAGAAGGGAGCGAUGCAUGGAGCACGACGAGUUGCAACUUUCUGCUUGUUGACAGCAGUCCUUCCAACCGUCCUCCUUGUUAUACCCUUGUACCUGCGUCACAGUGUUUUCUCAGACAGAAUGUUUGAAGUUGCUGAGGAUGAAAUUCUGGUUCUUGAAACGGUAGAGGGAAUAUCUACUGUGUUCUGCCAGGGCCAUUCUUUGAAGAUGAAUUCCACCUUUAAUGCUUUUCAGCUCAGGACUGUUCCUGAGAUUGGUACUAAAAUGAAGUCUUCAAAAAUAAUAAAAAAAUUCUCACUUCAUGAUGAUACUUGGGAAUAUUGGGGUUUCUUUUUGCCAAAAGGAUCUGCUAUAAAUGUAACACUUUGCUCAAGCAACCCUGGAGCACGAAUGUUGAUUGUCAAGGGAGACAAAACUCUCAAGAAAUGCGACCUGAUUGACCAAGGUGUUCGAAAGGUGUCUGAUAGAAUUCUUGUAGACAGGUUCUAUAAUAAAGGGAUCACUGUGUAUGAGAUUAACAAACAGCAACAAAGUCUUACAGAGAAAGGACGCAGUGUUCCACAGCAUGAUACUCAUAUCCAAGGUAUGUCAGAACAGUCUGCUGAACAGUUUGAAGGAGAAGAUGAAACAGACGAUGGAGGUGAUUAUCCGCUCUCAUUUUCAAAGGGAACGAACAGAGUAAUUCUUCCUGUACUGCCCAAACAACUGAAGCAAAAUAUUGAAAAAAUCCCAAAUUUGGAUGAAGUGAAACAGAGUGAUACAGGGAACAGUGAUGAUGAUAGUUUGGGUGCUGAAGAAGUUCAGGCAUUAGAGGUGAUCAGAUCUCAUUUACAGAAACAUGCAAAUGAUUCCAUGUAUUUAACUAGUUUGAAUCAAAGUAAUGACACAAAUGCUAAUUCGUCAAGAAAAAUGCGACAUGCCAAAAGUAGAGCUCGAAAUAUCAGGCGCAAAGAAGUGAGUGUUGCUGGUGAUGAAGGACAGUACCAAAGACAGCGGAGGGAUGUCCAUGCGUUGGAUGGAGGUAUGGCUCAUGGUGGUACUGCUGCUAAUUACACAGAACCAGAAGAUGAUGUGGAGUCAUCAGAGUCAAGCUUUGAAAAUGAACUGCUGCGUUGUUACGGGAAACACACUGUAUUUGAGCAUGACCUUGUACCGUCUCAGAAUUGUACAAAAGGUGCCAGUAAUAUGACAUAUACAACAAUCGUAGACUAUAAGGUACAAGAAGAUGGCUACUACCAUUACAUAUUUUAUAGUGAUAAUGAUUUUGUUGAUAAUACUAUUAAUGCAGUAUUUGAAAUGUUUAAACCUAGAUUCAAGUACACUAAUUACACUCAUGCUUGUAUAAAUCAAACUGAAUGCAACUUUGAUUUAUCCUUUUGGUCAAAUGAAGUGGUAAUACUGGAAAUGCCUCAUUACAGUGCCAUUGAGACUGAACGAAAAUUGCAUUUGAUUUCCAGCUGUUACCCUCGAAUGGCAGUGUAUAUAGUAUUUCCAAUUUCUGUCUUGUUCUUGAUAUUAGGUUGCGCUUUUCUGUGA